AUGGCGCGCAGCAGGGUCAGGGGCAUGCCCGCGCUCGCGCUGGUGGUGGCCGCCGUGGCCGUCGCGUGCGCCGAGGCGCGGCUGCCGGACUACCACCCGCCGACGUUCACGGUGACGGGCAAGGUGCAGUGCCAGGACUGCACCAAGAACUGGAACGCCUACGCCUACAACGCCAAGCCGAUCCCCGGCAGCAAGGUGAGCAUCACGUGCCGGGACACCAACAACCGGGUGGUGCACCACAGCUCGGACUACACGGACGGCCAGGGCGUGUUCAACAUCGAGGUGCCCAGGAAGGCGAAGAGCAACGACCGCGACAUCGAGGCGUCCCGGUGCCUCGUCCGCCUCGCCUCCUCGGGCGACGCGGCCUGCGCCGUCUUCACCGACUUCAACCGCGGCAAGACCGGCCAGAUCCCGUCUCGCCUCACGCAUGCCUCCCCAACAAGGAAAACCUACGCCGUCGGCCCGUACUACUGCACCCUGCGGCAGUGCGACGUCAAGGUCAAGGACGCCGACGCCGGCUACUGA